UUUUGACCCAGAAAGGAGGGGAAAAAAACAACCAUGACUUCUACAAACACCCAAAUCAUCUCUUAUUCUCCUCCUCCUUCUUCUUCCUCUUCUAAAUCAACCCAUCAAUUCCCUUAUGAAGUCUUCUUGAGUUUCAGAGGAGAAGACACCCGCUAUGGUUUCACCGAUCAUCUUUAUGAGGCUUUGAUUUCCCAUGGAAUUCGCACCUUUAGAGAUGACGAAGAACUCGUGAGAGGAAGAGUAAUUGCGUCUGAGCUCCUGAAUGCUAUUGAAGAAUCGAAGAUUUUUGUUAUCAUUUUUUCAGAAAACUAUGCUACCUCCAGGUGGUGUCUAGAUGAGCUCGUGAAGAUCUUCGAUUGCAUGGCAACAAAGCAGCGAUUAAUUCUACCCAUUUUCUAUCAUGUGGAUCCAUCAGAUGUCCGAAAACAAUCAGGAAGUUAUGAACAAGCAUUUCUUGAUCACGAAAGAGAAGCAGAUGCGGAGAAAAAGGAGAAGAUUAAGAAGUGGAGAAGUGCCAUGACAAAAGCAGGCAAUCUAGCUGGAUACGAUCUACAAAAAUAUCGGGGCCGAAAGCAAUUGAAGGGAUAUUUCUAGACAUGUCUAGAUCAAGAGAAAUCUCAUUCACUACUAAAACUUUCGAAAGGAUGGAGAGACUUAGAUUGCUCAAAGUUUAUUGGAGUUGUGAUGUUAAUGUUAAUGACAUGGGAAAGGAGUAUCAAAAACUCAUCAUUCCUGAAGACUUCGAAUUUCCGUCAUAUGAUUUAAGAUAUCUUCACUGGGAAAGAUAUUCUUUAAAAUCCUUACCCUCAAAUUUUGAAGGGGAGAACCUCGUUGAACUCAACUUGCAGCAUAGCAAUAUAAGAUACCUUUGGCAAGGGGAAAAGCGUCUUCAAAAUUUAAAGGUCUUGAAUUUAUCAGGAUCUCAACGACUCACUGGCAUGCCACACUUCUCAAAUAUGUCAAAUCUGGUGAGACUAAAUAUUUCAUUUUGUGAAAGUUUGGAAAAGGUUGACUUAUCCAUUGGUUCCCUAAAGAAGCUUACUUCAUUGAAUUUGAGUGGGUGCCGAAAGAUUA